AUGGAAAUACCACAACUCAUAAAGUUGAAUUAUCAUGAUACUUCAACCAUAUCGACCAUCAAAUUAAACAAUGACUUGGUGAAAUUAUUACUAACAGAUAAGCCCAAAUUAAUUGUCAAGAACGGGAAGAAGUUUAUCAAGAUAAAAGAUUUUAUUUAUAAUCUUCAAGAAUCUAAGGAAUUCUUGAAUUUGAAUAUUUAUGAAAAAGUUGAUGAAAAAAAUUACAACUUCCAAGGCAAUGUACUGACGAAGUUAACCGUGGGGAAUGAAAAGGUGAGUAUCGGAGAGUUUAAUGAGGUGAAGGAGGUGGAAGUUAAACAUAACAAUAAACAGGAGCAUAAACAACAGCAUGACCAACAUGAAGACAUUCCUAUUGGUCCAUAUAUAAUCAAUACUAAAGAUGAAGAUGUGAUAUUACAGAAAUUUCUUUCAUUCAUGGCUUUAGGACCAACCAAUAUAAAGAAACUAGCAUCGUUGAAUUAUGAUUUUAGUGAUUAUAUUGGGAAAUAUUGUUCUAAUUUUGACCAAUCUCCCAAUAACUUGCAUAAUGAUUACUUUGCCAAUGGGAUGAAGUAUCUGGCUGAGAACAAUCUUUUAUUGAAAGAUAAGAUUAUGAAAGAUUUAAGGCCAAAUAAUUGGGGAUGGGUUGGUAAAGAGAAAGAAUUGAUGUUUGAGAACAUAAAUAAUUGUUUGACAAGAUUGGGAUACUCCGGUAGUCAUCCGUUAAGGAAGCGAAUUUUCGAAAAGGGUUCUAUGCCUGGGUUGGCCAUAGCAACCCCAUCGGUCACAGCAUCGGUCACAGCACCGACCAGCACAUCAGCCACAACAUCAUCAACUUCAACAUCAUCAACAAUAGCUCCCUCUUCAACAGCUCCCACUUCAACAGCUCCCACUUCAACAGCUCCCACUUCAACAGCAUCCAUCACAUCGAUCAAACCAAAAAAGAAGCCUGCAUUACCCAAAAAACUAGAGAAAAAAAUUGACACUCCCAACAAGAGAAAAAGAUCAGAUUCUGAUAACACAUCUCCUUCGUCAAUUGAAGAUUUCUUUAUUGAUGAAGACUUGAUCUUGAAUCUUCAAAAGAAGUUUGAUAUCAAUUACAAAGAAUACAAAGCAUUAUAUCAAUAUUUAAAAUUGACAAAAAGAACAAAUGAAGUAAGUCAACUUACGAAAUUAUACGAAUUACAUAAUUAUUGUAAUGAGGUGAAAAAUCAACUCAUUAAGAUAAGUAAAGAGAAACGGAGAAGAAUUAAGUAG